CUAGCUCGUGAAAAAGAUAUUGGAUAUUAACUGACAACAUCCUCAAAAAGUUCAGAUUCGAAAGUCAAUUCGCUCGCUUCUGGAGUUUUGUUUGCAUAUCAAGUGGUGAAUUACUGCAAAACGAUAAAGUUGACAAAAGUUAUUUGACUUUAUGUCCUUAUCAUCGAAGACUGAUGUGUAUAGCUCAGUGGUUUGAUCGUUUUGUGGUAUUACGUUGUUUUUUAGAACGACUUCAACUAAAUUGAUUUUAUUUCUGCCUUUUACAUGAAGCAGUGUCCUAUUAGAUGCUAUUACCAUUGUUUUCAAGGUUAAGCUCUUAGUGUUAAAUUUAUUCUUAUUUUGAUAACAGUAAAUAGUCAAUAGAUCCAGUGGAUGGAUUCGAACAUAUAAACAUUGGAUAUAAUACUUUCACAUGCUUCUAAAAAUAUUUCAAGAUUUAAAAGAUAUAAUAGCUGCGAAGUCCGGUGUUUGUGAUGUUUAUUUGAAAACAAAUGAACCGGUUUCGGAGGAAAAACUCCAGGCAUGGGAGUCGUUUAACAACCUGACUUUGCCCAAUGAUUUCAAAAACUUUUAUCUAACUACGAAUGGUAUCGAACUUGGAUGGUUCACUGCUAAUAACGAACAAACAUCUUUAUCUGGAUUAAUCAAGAUAAACAAACUAGAAGAUUUUAAAUCCAUAAAACUAAAUUGCAUAGAUCCUGAGGAAGAGAGUGAACACGAAGAUAUUUUGGUUUUUGUGAGCAGUUUCCUAGACUCUGCAUUCAAAAGAUGGCCAACAGCUUACGAACUGGAAAAGUGUUUGAAUGGUGCCACGGUUAUUUUUGUUUUUGAUGAAAAUCAAGACGGUGUUUUUCUCUUAAAUAACGAUUUGAGUAUUCACAAGAUUUGUUGCACAUUUCAGCAGUACAUUAGGUUAGCAGUUGUGCACUUGGGGCUACAAGAUUGGCAACUUUGGUACACCGAUGAUGCUCCAAUUCUAAGUAGCCUAGUAGUUUUUCUUUUUUCUUAUUCGCUUUUCAGCAACUAUGUUCUUUAUACACACCUGAUCGUCUGUUCUUGAAUGUACGUGAAUCUCACGAACAGUUUUCAGCCAACUUAGAAAACAGUGUUCCUGUUUCUCUGAACUCGAAGAAACUACUUAACUUUGAGGUUUCUGGCACGCAUCGUUCUAAUUCUUUCGGCAAAACUAACAAUCAAUCAGAGAUGUUGAACAAGCAAGGAAGUUUCUCUGAUUCAUGGAAUUCAAAAGUCAACGAUAAUGUAAAUACCGGUAGAAGAUUGAAAAAAUGAAUAUUGACAAUUGACAUGUUUCUUGUAAAAAUGUUGGAUAGUGUUUCUCUUUCUUUAUGCAUCCUAACAAUUCUUAAUAAUUAUUAAAUGUUCUUUUAUGUAUCCGUAACUUUGAAUAAUAUAAAACCAU